CUCUGAUGGUAGUUGGGCAAAAACCACACCCCACUUUGAUAUAAAGGAAAGGCCAUAGCAGUCAGUUCACCUAGAUAUCAGGCUGCUGCUAAGCCAAGAUGAAGGUCCUUGCUGUCCUUGUACUCUGUGUGACCCUGGGUUUCAGCAAUACGCUGGACUCGUGUCAGGGACGAUGUGGUUAUGGAACAGACAGCAAUUACUCGUGCCAGUGCAACCCAGCGUGUGAGCGCUACAAUGACUGCUGCUCAGACUACGCUGCAAUAUGUAAAGCUUCCACAUCUUGUAAGGGCAGGUGUGGUGAGAGUUACAACUCUCAGAACGAGUGUCACUGUAACUCCCUGUCCCAGUACAACAACUGCUGCAGCGACUACAACGAACUCUGUUACACAGAUGUGGGUGGUGCGGUAACUGAUGCAGAGAUCAAGUCUAUCUCUGAGAGACUUUAUUCUCUGGACUCAAACAAGGCUUCAGCCUCAGUCUUGGUCAUUGACCCUCAGGCUCUGGUGGCCAGCUCUCAGACCAGCUCUGAGACAGAUCGCUCUUCGAAGCCCUUGUUCAGCUUCCUGAACGAGAAUGUUCUCUUUUCCAAGCCCACCUACGCUGCUCUGCUGUCUGUGCUGGACAACUACAACAGGAUGACUGGACAGGCGGAGAACUUCAGCUCUCAGCAGCUGGCUGAGCAGGACAAAUUUGUCAGGGAAACCAUGUCCAACACUCAGGUGGGACGGGAGCUGUUUGCUUUUCUCUACAACAAGGGCAUUUACAAAUCAGAAGAAGACUUCAUUCAGGACCUGAAGAUGAUGUGGUUUGGUCUGUACUCUCGCAACAACAACCAGCUGGACUCCAGCGGCUUUGAGCACAUCUUUGCAGGAGAGAUCAAGGGAGGAAAGGUCUCCGGUUUCCACAACUGGAUCCGGUUUUAUCUUCUUGAAAAAAGUGGAAAGCUAAACUACUACAGCCACAGCUUCAAUGGGCCUUGGACUACAUUCCCUGAUGUCUUGGGGAUGCAGUUCAUGUGGGACGGCUACUACAAGCAGGUUGGCUCUGCGGUCAUUGGCUGCAGCCCAGAAUUUGACUUUGCCAUUUACAGCCUCUGCUACAUCACUCGUCCUGGAAAACAGUGUCAUCUGAGCGUGGGAGGGAGCACGCUCAUUAUUCAGACUUACACCUGGGAUAAUUCCUUCUACGGAGAUGGGAAGAAGUUCAUUGGCUCGGCCUAUCCCGCAACCCCUUAGGGAGUGAAACUUCCCCCUAAACAAUAAGCAAACUGCGGCGCUGCCUGCAAGUGUUUCAUUACACUCAUUAUAUAAUUGUUUUGAAAUCAUUUUCCCAACAGUAGCACUUAAAUUCAAGUCCCCAAAUGAGAAGAUGUAAUG